AUGAAUGAAGAGACAAAAGAAGCAGUUUACAAUACACUCAAAUCCCACGCCAACUCUCUCAUUAGCAAACGUGCAAAAAAGUAUGGAUCGGGUGGCGAGGAACUUUAUCUUACUACGUGGAGCAAACUGGAUGUCGACGACAAGGAAGAAGCCAUCGCUACAUUGAACUCACUAGCACAAGAAAAAAAGGAUGUGAUGUUUGAAACGUGUGAGGUCAAUCGGUGUGCUGAUCACCUGCUGUCUGAAUGCUGGAACAACAGAUAUAGGCAGCGUAAAGGCAAACAACAACGCAAAACGACAGCCACACCACCCAUGUCCCCCAAUGAAUACACAACUGCAAUCGAAACUAGCGACCAUGCUACAUCGACAGGACCGCCCAGACCUGAGCUAAGCAACGACUCACGAUCAUCAGGCACGAGGUCAAUUAACACAGUUCCUGUCACAUCAUCCUCUCCACAAGAAACCACUGCUCAGACUAUUCAAAGUGCUAGCGAUAUCUCAGAUGCGCAAGAAACUGUUGCUCCCUUGAACAAAACCGUUUGCCAAUCUGUACAAGACGAACAGCAUCGAGAAGGAGGAGCAACAGAAGGAUUACGAGCAUCAAGCAAUCGAAGAGCAGGACGUGGACGUGGUGGUAAAAAACGUCUAAUGAAGGCUGGUGAAUAUCGGUAG